UCCAAAGAUAAUGCGAACGAGUUCACGCAAAUAUUAGUAGGGACAAUUCUGCCCACCCAAAAUAUUGCCCGUUGCUCAGAGCAACAGUCCGCGCUGACACCGUGACCACGUGACUCGCUGGCACGCGCUCACGUCCUGCGUGUGGUAUUCGAUAUUCGAUUUUUCAAGUCUCGUCUUUGGCGUCAUUUGAUCAAGCUUAUAUAAAGGGCUGCACACAGCAAGCAAGAUCUUCUUACUAAACUCUUGUUAUAGAACUUGUGAUUAAAACACGAUAACUAUGUCCAAUAAAUUUAUGCCACCAGUGCUGAAAAAUGGUUGGACAAACCCAGAGAAAGAUGAACAGGAAGAUGUCGGGAGAGACAUCCAGGAGAACAACUCUGGUAAAAUGCAGAAAGUUCAACCUUCCGUUUGUAACAACAGAGAAACCUAUUUGCAAGGACAAAUCCUUGGCAGGAAUCUCUACUACCAAGAGGCGUACAGAUGUCCGGAGAUUAUCCGGCAGCUGAAUAAGGAUUUGGAAUUAGCAGAGAUAACAGUCAACUCGUACGUCAGGUACUUUGAGUUUGGAUCUAUGUCUCUGAUCGAGGCUCUCAGAUCGUUCCUUGAAGUGCUCUGGGCAGAGGAUAAACCUGACAUUCAGCAUCUACUGAUGACUCACUUCUGUCGUUGGUACCUUCAGUGUACUGGACAGACGCUCGAUUUACAACCUGAUUUGUAUUACAUGAGCUGGGCCAUAAUCACACUGAAUGCUGAUCUUAAUGGCGAUCACAAAGCAAGGAAAAGGACUUGUAAAGACUUUAUAAGGUACCUGUGUAGUGUGGAUUGCUUCUCACAGUAUGAUCUGAAACAAUGGAAGAACGUUUAUAAAUCAAUCAAAACAAAGCCGCUAAAAAUGUUCAGAGUAAUAGCUAGAUGGGACACUGCAUCCAAAAAGGAAAUAUCGAAACCAGAGGAUUCUGGCUGUAACUCAUCAUUUGGGACUAAAACCAACCCUACCACCACGAUCUACAAAAAAGGGUCUCUCAUCCGCAAAAGAGUUCUGGACGAGAACGGGAGAAGACCCAAAAUAGGCCAGAGAGCAUGGAAACCGUUUACUGCAGUUCUACAAGGCAUGGUUCUGCAUCUACAAAAACACACAUCUAAAUUUUGUAAGGCAGACAACGAGAAUGCCAUUAGACUGCAUCAUGCCGUGGCGUACCCUGUAGAUUACAAAAAGAGGCCUCAUGCGCUGUGCCUCAGGACCGCAGACUCCAGACUCUUCUACUUCCAGGCCGAGAGUGAAGUAGAGCAGACAUCAUGGGUUGCGGUGAUUAACCGCAUCGCUGCCCGUUACUCUGCUCCUCCACUCACUUCAGCUUCACAUGACGUGGAGGCAAAUUACCCUCUGGUUUUACCUUCAUUCCCCACCACUCUGACUCUAGAGGAACAGCUCGAGUCCCACAAGGACCAGUUAAAGAGGGUUUCAGAACCUACAGAUCCAACAUUGUCUCUUAGGGAUGGUACUUCUGAUGAUAUGCAGCAGGAGGUGACGCGCUACACAACAUAUGUGAGGGUGUUACAGGAGCUUACUGCAGAGAAAUGUUGGAGAAGUUGCAUCAGGAGCAACGGAGCAGGAAGAAGUUGCAUCAGGAGUAACGGAGCAGGAAGAAGUUGCAUCAGGAGUAACGGAGCAGGAAGAAGUUGCAUCAGGAGUAACGGAGCAGGAAGAAGUUGCAUCAGGAGUAACAGAACAGGGUGAUGCUGUGACUGAAUUAACAAAACAGGAAGAGAUUAUCAAACAUUGUCUCUUAGGGUUGGUACUUCUGAAGCGCUACACAACAUAUGUGAGAGCGUUACAGGAGCUUGCUGCAGAUAAACAUGUUGGAGAAGUUGCAUCAGGAGCAACGGAGCAGAAAGUCCUGAUUCAGGAGUUGUACAGCUGAGUUGAUUAUUUUACAAAUAUGACUUCAUGUCUAUUAUUUUUAUUUUAUUUAUUAUUUUUUUACAUUUAUUUUUUUUUCAAAUAAAUAUGCUAAAAUAAAAUUUGUUUCUGUGUGUUAUAUUCUUAUGCUCGUAAGUGGUGUUAAAAUUUGGUCUAACCAUCAGCGAGCCGGUGUGUCAUGAUGGGGCGUGUUGUGGGCCGGGUGUGGUGGUCCACUCAGGGCCAGAAAGUCCAGGGCUACUUUUUGGUCCCUGUCCACUUUUGAUUAUUGCUAUUAAUGCUAAAUAACAUAUGCUGAAAAUUUAAAUGUCGAUGUUAAAACACUGAAAUGAUCCCCCCCCCCAUCACUAAAUCCGCCCGUGUCUUUAAGUACUAAUAAUUCACCAUCAUUGAGAAAAUGGAACAAAAUCAGCAAAUACAAACCAAAUAGUGAGACACUGGCAGUCAGUCUGCUUUCUAUAUUUUUAUUAGCAAUAAAAGGAUACAGAUAUCCUCCGAAA